AUGACGUUUGUCACCCAUCCCAAUCAAAAGCGGUCAGCGUGCGAACGAUGCCGAAGACAGAAACUGCGGUGCUCUCGCCAAGACUCCGAUCGCGACUCGCGCUGUUCGCGAUGCUCCAGGCUGGGGUUUCCCUGCGUCAGCGGCCAGCAGCGGCGAAUUGGCCGCCCGUCACGAGCUGAAGUCCAGAAGAGAACCUACGACUCUCCAAACGAACACCGGAUUGAGGACGACUCCUUGGAGAGGUCGCCGACCGGACGUUGGGACGGCGGUGCUGCCAUCACCCCCAGCGAGGUCCCGCUUGAAGAAGGCAUGCUACCCGGGGAAUUGGCACUCCUCGAGCCGACUGUUGGAGUCGGCGUGGAUGAGACGGAUGCCGAGGUCGAUGUUGACUCUUUCUUUUGCGAUUUUGUCUGGGAUGAAACAGCGCUGGAACCCGAGGCCGUCGGUGAAUGCACCGAGACAUUGGGUUUCGAGGUCAGGCCAGUGCGAACAGUGAAUCCCACCGCCCAGCACGAAGCGAUGGCCAAGAUAUCCAAAAUCAACCUCGACCUCCACUCCCACAUCUCCAGGAUCAACGCCCACCGAGAGAGCUUGGACCUAUGCUCUUUCAUUUACCCAAGCUCGGUAUUGAGUGUUGCUAGUGUCACCGUCGUUGAGCUGGGACUCAUCCUAUUUCAAGACUUUGUCCACACCCUUUCAUCCCUGGAGAAAACCGUCACUACGUCAGCCGCUUUUCCCGCGCUGCAAAGUCAUCAUGACCUUCCUCGCUUGCCUUGGGACAGCGAGGACGGAACACCAGCCACGCUCGACAGCUCCAACUUACAAGACAACAGCUCUUUAGCAGCUGCCGUGCAUUGUCCUGAGUCGGCGAUGACAGGUGUCGUAGACGCGCCUCUUGCGCUCACCAUUACGAGUUGCUACGUCCAGAUCAUCACUCUCUUCGAACAUAUCUCCCGUCACAUCCUCACAAGGCUCGAGUCCGUGUUCGACGUCCCUCUCACACCGAUAGAGGGCCUCAAAUUCGGCGCCAUGUGGAUCGCAGACGGUCACUUGCAGGGGCUGAUGUUCGCCCAAAUCAUCACCAGUCUCUUCGACAAGGCAGAUCGCCUGCUCGGUCUGGGGACACCCACGACGUCGACCAUCCCUGCGUCGUCUCCAGGAGCACUACUGUCCGAGAAACAAUCAGAAUUACUGCGCGAUCAGCUCAAGUCGACUGUAUCAGGUGAACCUGUGUUGAGAUCAGAGAAGCUCAAGAGGGAUGCCGAUUCGAUGUUGAGGUGUCUUAGAAAGGCAUCUGCUGCUUCUUGA